AAGACUGUCAUCUACCGUAAAUUUACUGGAUUUGGCUUAAUUCACGUUUCGUGAGUUGGAUAAAGAAAAAUAGGAAAACGCAAAUUCACGUUUCAUUUGAAGCAAAAAUUCAGUUAAUGUUUAGUUCUUCAAGAUUAAUGAUUAGAAACUGAAUCAUUGGGAAAGCAUCAGAUACCCUGCAGGAGCCAUCGAAGAUUCAAAGAUGCGGGAGGAGAGGAGGAGGGAGGACUGGUAGGUAGCUCUGGAAUUACUCUCUGUCCAGAAACAAUAGAAACUCGGAAGAUAUACAUACAAUGAUAGCUAAUCAAUAAUCAGUGUACCAAAAUCCGGAAGAGCAAAAAGUAUAGCCUGGUAUUGGCUCAAUAACCAGAAUCACUCCAUGAACUUUUCCGGUCUUAGGGUUGUGGCGCAACACCUAUGAGUCGCUUUUAAUCUCCUCUUCUCGUGUUGAGCAAAGCAGAUUGUAAUAGCACAUGUAUGUAUGUACAUAUCUAUGUAUAGAUGUAUUCGAGUAAUCUCAAGGGCUUCAUUCUGGCCGUUGUCUCAAGCGCCUUCAUAGGUUCCAGUUUUAUUAUCAAGAAGAAGGGCCUCCGCAAGGCUGGGGUCAACGGCCCUCGUGCCGGUUCUGGAGGAUAUGGGUAUUUGUUGGAGCCUCUUUGGUGGGUCGGCAUGGUUACUAUGAUUGUAGGAGAGAUUGCCAAUUUUAUAGCAUACAUUUAUGCACCUGCUGUGCUUGUGACUCCACUUGGUGCAUUGAGUAUCAUUGUGAGCAGUGCUAUUUUAGCACAUUUCUUGCUGAAGGAGAAACUGCAAAAGAUGGGCAUGUUGGGGUGCCUUCUGUGCAUAGUGGGUUCUACGAUUAUUGUGCUUCAUGCACCCGAAGAGCGAAGCAUUAAUUCAGUAGAAGAAAUUUGGGAAUUAGCUACUCAACCAGCAUUUCUUUUGUAUACAGGGUCAGUGCUAGCUGUAGCACUGGCACUGAUCUUAUACUGUGCUCCACGCUAUGGUCAGACCAACAUAAUGGUUUAUAUAGGAUUAUGCUCCAUAAUUGGAUCGUUGACAGUGAUGAGUGUAAAAGCUAUUGGGAUUGCAAUAAAAUUGACUUUAGAGGGCAUAAACCAGGCCAAAUAUUUCCAAACAUGGGUUUUUGCGAUGGUUGCAAUUACUUGUAUCAUCACUCAGUUGAAUUAUCUAAACAUGGCACUAGAUACUUUCAACACAGCAGUUGUUUCUCCUAUCUAUUAUGCUGGGUUUACAUCGUUUACAAUAUUUGCUAGUGCAAUAAUGUUUAAGGAUUAUGCUGGUCAAAGUGCAAGCAGUAUAGCAUCCGAACUUUGUGGUUUUAUCACUGUGUUAUCUGGCACUGCUGUAUUGCAUAGUACAAGAGAUCCAGAUCCACCUUUCAUUGCAGAUCUAUAUACACCGUUAUCUCCAAAAGUUUCAUGGUAUAUCCAAGGAAAUGGAGAACAUUGGAAACAGAAGGAUGAAGAUGGAUUAUCCCCUAGUUUUAUGACUAUUAUUCGGCAAGACUAUUUCAAGUAAACUGAAUAUGAUGGGCAUCAAAGCUCUGAAUUUGGGGUUCACAUCUUUGUGGUAUGGCUUCAGAACUUAUACAUGGUUGUGUAGGUGACAAGCAAGUAAAUUUUUUUCUAGAGGAAUUUUAUAUUCUUUUAUCCUCUUUAGUGUGGAAGCAAAUCGUGGCUCUUUUUUUUUUUUUUUUUCUCUGUGUAUCUCCAUAGUCAUAGGGAGUUAUUAUCACUUCAUCUAUCAAUUUAAUUUUUGGUUUCUA